AGAAUCUCACGUUGUUGAUCACGCUGCCUGCACGAUUUACCAUAGAAUGACCGAAGCUGUCCUUGUCAUAGGAGGAGGGGGUCGAGAGCAUGCACUGGCUUGGAAGCUUGCCCAGUCCCCACAAGUUAGACAUGUCUUUGUCAGUCCUGGUAAUGCUGGAACUGAGAGAGGGGUCAGCAACAUCAGUAAUGUCUUGAUCAAUUUGAAGAAAUUUGAUGCUGUGGUCUCCUGGUGUAAGCAGCACAGUGUGGCUUUGGUCUGUGUGGGUCCUGAGGAUCCCCUGGCUGCCGGAAUAUCAGAUGUCCUCACAGCUGCAGGUAUCAAAUGCUUUGGCCCCAGUGCCAAAGCUGCCCAGAUAGAGGCAAGUAAGGCAUUUUCCAAAGCUUUCAUGGACAGACACAACAUUCCUACUGCAAGGUGGAAAAGCUUCACAAAUGCACAAGAAGCAUGUGACCAUAUCAAGAGCGCCCCCUAUCCAGCCCUGGUGGUGAAAGCCAGUGGGUUAGCUGCAGGGAAGGGAGUCAUAGUGGCCAGUAAUCAGCAGGAGGCUUGUGAGGCUGUGGAUAUCAUAUUGAAAGAUAAAACGUAUGGCAGUGCUGGUGAUGAAGUGGUAAUUGAAGAGUUAUUAGAGGGUGAGGAAGUAUCAUGUCUUUGCUUCACAGAUGGCAGCACCAUCUCCUGCAUGCCCCCUGCCCAGGACCACAAGAGAUUGCUGGACGGAGAUUUGGGACCCAAUACUGGGGGAAUGGGAGCUUACUGUCCUUGUCCUCAGGUUUCACAAGCUUCUCUGGAACUAAUAGAGAAACAGGUGCUUCAGAAGACAGUGGAUGGUAUGAGAGCUGAAGAAAUUCCAUAUGUUGGUGUCCUAUAUGCUGGCCUUAUGCUUACAAGUAAUGGACCAAAAGUACUGGAGUUCAAUUGUAGAUUUGGUGAUCCAGAAACACAGGUCCUCAUCCCGCUCAUUAAAACAGACCUCUUUGCCACCAUGCUUGCCUGCGUUGACGGGAAGUUGCCAGAUGCCAUCCCAGAAUUCCGCACAGACAGAGCUGCAGUGGGGGUUGUAGUUGUCAGCGGUGGAUAUCCAAAUUCUUAUAAAAAAGGGAUGGAAAUUUCAGGACUUGACAAAUUGUCCAAAGAUCCAGAAACUACAGUAUUCCAUGCUGGGACAGCCAUGAAAGAGGGAAAAAUAGUCACAAGUGGUGGGCGUGUCCUGGCUGUGGUUGCCAUAGAUACAAACAUCCAAUCAGCAGCCAGCAAAGCCCAGCAGGGAGCAGACAUUAUUCAGUAUGAUGGAGCAUUUUACAGAAGGGAUAUUGCCCAUAGAGCCAUAGCAUGGUCAAGAAAGGGUCGGGGGUUAAAGUACAAAGAUGCUGGAGUUGACAUAGCUGCUGGAGACAACUUGGUGAAUCUCAUAAAACCUGCAGCAGCCGCGACCGCGCGACAUGGGUGUACAGCUGAGCUGGGGCAGUUUGGGGGCCUGUUUGACUGUAAAGCUGCUGGGUAUAAGGAUCCUCUGUUGAUUUCUGGCACAGACGGAGUGGGGACUAAACUGAAGAUUGCCCAAGCCUGUAACAAGCAUGAUUCGAUAGGCAUAGAUUUGGUGGCCAUGUGCGUCAACGACGUACUUGCGCACGGUGCGGAACCUCUCUACUUCCUGGAUUAUUUCGCUUGCGGAAAACUCAAUCUUGGUGUGGCAGAGAAGGUGAUCAAGGGUAUUGCCCACGGAUGUCGGUUGGCAGGAUGUGCAUUACUAGGGGGAGAAACGGCAGAAAUGCCAGGCAUGUACGACCCUGGCUGCUACGACUUGGCAGGUUUCACCGUGGGUGCCCUGGAAAGACACCAGUACCUGCCGCGCAGUAGAGACAUCAAGAAUGGCGAUGUGGUCAUCGGACUGUCGUCCAGUGGUCUCCAUAGCAACGGCUUCAGUCUGGUCAGGAAGCUGGUGGAGCAGCAAGGGAUUGCGUACUCUGAUCCUUCUCCAUUUAUGGAGGGAAAGACAUUGGGAGAAUCUCUGUUGAUUCCCACCAGAAUUUACUCCAAGACCGUCCUGCCUUCACUGAGGUCAGGAAAAGUGAAGGCGUUUGCCCACAUAACUGGUGGGGGCCUGAUAGAAAACAUUCCAAGAGUUCUUCCCAGUAAAAAAGGAGUUCAGCUGUGUGCUGGGAAUUGGGACCUCCCACCUGUGUUCAGCUGGAUAUACAAGCAGGGUAAUGUAGAAUCUUUGGAGAUGGUGACCACAUUUAACUGUGGCAUUGGGGCUGUCCUGAUUGUCUCCCCCUCAGAUGCAGAUGCCAUCUUGAAUGAACUGUCGUCUGCUGGAGAAAAAGCAUGGAAGAUUGGCUCAGUUGUGCCGUGCUUUGACUGUCCCAGAGUACUAAUUAGCCAAUUAGAGCACUCCUUAAACAAAGUCUGGAACCCUCCAACAACAGGAGAACAUGUUAAUGGAGCAGUUAGGAAGAGGAAGAAAGUCGGUGUGUUGAUAUCUGGGUCAGGCACAAAUCUCCAAGCUCUGAUUGACCACACCCAAAACCCAGCAGUGGACAGUGCAGCAGAGAUUGUAGUGGUUAUCUCAAACAAGGCUGGGGUCAAAGGAUUGGAGAGGGCGAGAAAAGCAGGCAUUCCAACACAGGUUGUUAACCACAAAGAUUUUCCAUCUCGCCUUGAGUUUGACUUGGCAGUGUCGUCCAUAUUAGAAGAUUAUGGUGUUGAGUAUGUCUGCUUAGCUGGGUUCAUGAGAAUACUCACUGGUGAUUUUGUAAGAAAGUGGGAGGGCAGACUGUUGAACAUUCAUCCUUCCCUCCUUCCAUCCUUUAAAGGUGCACAUGCACACAAACUCGUGCUGGAGCAGGGGGUGCGUGUGUCAGGGUGCACUGUGCAUUUUGUUGCGGAAGAGGUUGAUUCGGGUGCCAUCUUAGUUCAAGAAGUGGUCCCAGUGGAAAUUGGAGACACAGAAGAAACACUGGCAGAGAGGGUGAAGACUGUGGAACACAAAGCUUUCCCGAAGGCAUUGGAACUAUUGGCCUCUGGGAAAGCAAAGUUGGGAGAGAAUAAUAAAGUUAUAUGGAGUGAUUAAAUUUUGCUUUUUUACGUUUUUUUUUUUUUUA